AUGCGUCUAUCACCGAGCACUCCUUCUUCGGAACAAAACAGCAACACCACCUUGCUACUCUUUAUUGCAUUUGUCACCUUUUGGUUUGCGCUGCUCAAGAUCCCCCUGGAAAUGGAGAUUUUGUCGAGGGCGGCCCCACCCCACCUAAGCAUCCAUGACUUUUACAACCAUAAGGCCAAGCACUUCAGCACUGUGGAACAACGCAUUGAUGCCAAGCAAUCCUACCAUUUCUUUGAUCGCCGUGGGCCACAUCAUUCCGAACAGGAGACAAAGGAAGACGAAGAACUCGCACAUGAAGUCGAGAGAAUGGUCCAUCACUACUACAAACAACAUGAAAACGAACACGAAGAACACCGACAUUUGAGGUCGGGAAAGCUCGGUAAUCCUCAUGAAUCCAAGGAGGAAGAUCCCUUUGCCAACGAUAUUUCACAAGAAGUCCAAGGCAUUGUCGACCAUUAUCACCAUGAUCCUGAUGAGAUCUAG